AUGGGCAACGUCAUCUGUCUUCAUAUGGAUAGUGCAAGGGGCCCAAAGUCUACUACUGGCCUUCCUAAUUUUGCUUCUGCCUGUGACAAUGAUGUCAAGCAUCUAUCGAGUGCAUGCAGUUGCCUCGAUACCGCUUGGGCAACUGACUCAGCCAGCCAGUCUGCACCGGAGCCUACCAGUGUCUUUACUACCAGCACCACUGCGGCAGUGCCCAAAACUUCCUCGACUUCGCAAACCACUUUUGUGACUGCUACUCGACCCUCCACCUCCUCCGAGGUUGGUAUCGCAACCACGACUGCUGCCCCCGUGACAUCUGCUGCCGCUUCCAUCACCGGUUCUGCUUGUGUUGUCAGUGAAUACGCUUCGCUCUCUUCUGCCAUCGAAUCCUGCACCAACAUUGUGCUUUCCGAUCUAUAUGCCCCUCCCUCGAGCACCAUUGAUUUAUCGAGCCUUCAAACUGGUGCCUCCGUCACAUUUGCUGGUACUACUACCUUCGGAGACACCUUUGAUGAUGACUUUGACCCCAUCGUCAUUUCCGGAACAAACAUCACAAUUACCGGUGCUGCUGGUCACGUAAUCGAAGGUAACGGUGAGGCCUACUGGGAUGGCGAGGGCUCCAAUGGUGGACAAGACAAGCCCGAUCACUUCAUUGUCGUCAAAGACGUUUACUACUCCGAGAUCACCAACCUGAACAUCGUUAACUGGCCUGUACACUGCUUCGAGAUCGAGGAUGUUGAGCAUCUUACCAUCUCCGGUCUUGUAUUGAACAACACAGCGGGUGACUCGGCAAAUUCAGCAAGUGAUGGCGAUGCUGCAGGUCAUAAUACCGAUGGAUUUGAUAUUUCUAAGAGUACAUACGUCACUCUACAGAACAGCUAUGUCUACAACCAGGAUGACUGUGUGGCCGUGACCAGCGGUUCCAAUAUUGUCAUUGACAAUCUAUACUGCUCCGGAGGCCAUGGACUGAGUAUUGGAUCAAUUGGCGGCAAGAGCGAUAACACCGUCGACACUGUGACCUUCAAGAACUCCCAGGUGGUAAACAGUGAGAAUGGCUGCCGGAUCAAGAGCAAUGCCGACACUACUGGUAGUGUCAGCAAUGUUGUCUAUCAAAAUAUUACUCUCUCUGGCAUCACGGACUACGGUAUUGAUGUGCAGCAGGAUUAUCUGAAUGGCGGUGCCACUGGAGACCCUACCAACGGAGUCAACAUCACCAGCAUCUCCUUCAUUGACGUUACUGGUACCGUCACUGACGACGGUAUGGACUACUAUAUUCUGUGUGGUAGUGACAGCUGCUCCGACUUUUCAUUUUCUGGUGUUUCCAUUACUGGAGGUGGCGAGACUAGCAGCUGCAAUUAUCCUUCUAGUGGUUGUCCUUAG